GCUACAUUUACUCUUCCUUGGGAACUCGGCACCCGGCCCGAUCCAACUCGCCCGGGGCGCCACUGGCUAUUGCAUAUGAUAAGAGCAAUGCCUUCGGGCAAGCCGCGCAGCGGGUCUUGCGGGUUUUCGCGCGGUCAGUAACGCGCGCUACGGGCACGAGUCAGUGACAGUUUGCACUCGCCGUACCCUUCCUGGCGAACUUCCCAUACAAAGGCCCGUUCUGGUCGUUCUUGCUCGUGUUAUAAAUAGCCUACAGCCCUUUUUCAAACAUACAAGCUUCAUUAGCGCGUUCUCGCUUAUAUCAAAAGACCCCUUGAAACUUUUACUCGCUCUCUACAAUCACGAUGGCUGUUCCUUCUUCCCUCAACAUGACCGGUGACGCGCGCAUUGACUGGUGGCCGCAGCGCGACACCGCCUUCGCCGGCGGGAGCUCGCGCACCUCCCGCGCCUUCAGCCCCGUUGUGGGCUCACCCAGCCCCUACGCGACACCCAAGCUUCCCGAGACCAUCGACUUCAACCCCAAGCCCGCAGCGCCCGUCGUGCCGGCGUCUCGUCAAGGGCUUUACGACCCCUUCGGCGCGUUUGACCCGGCCCCGUGCCUGCUGGCGGCGGCUCUUGGUAGCUAUGGUUUCCGCCUGCACCCCCAGCCGCCCCUGCAGCCCUUUCCCGUGGCGGCGGCCCCGCUCGCACCGCCGCCACCGCGUCAGGUCGACUGGUCCUGGAGUCCGCUGUACGCACACGGCAGCAGCAUUGGUCGUGGCGUUCAGUGGUGAAGGUAGCUUGUGCUUGGCGGUAAAGAUACAGUAGUGGCAUGCGCGGAUAUGCGCAUGUGCACACCCCUUCACCUAUCCCAUCGCAUCCAUUUGCAUGUACAUAGCGCUUCAUGCGCACAUAUUGCGGUUUUGUGUUUGCAUUUGUUUUGGUUUGGUUUUGUCAGUUUGAAAGUUUGAGGUUUAGACUUGAGCUGCGGACACGUGAUAAGAUGCAGGACACUAUAAUGCCAGGACAUUCAGUAAGGAGAUGACUCCACCAUGCAACAUGGAGUGGAAGAAUGCUUGCGCACACGGGCCACGGCCCUUGCUGCUUGUAACAUCAAUACGGU